AGACAUUCGAUUCGGCUCGAAGUGCCCUAUGCGGCGCGCGCUGGGACUUGUUGGUUCUGCGAGGGCUGCGGGGUGGUGCGAGCACUAAAAGGAUUGAGCCUUUUGAGCCGGAUCAUGGCCUUUCAGAUCACAGUGAAUGUGGUUGUCCCCCCGGAGCUGGCCGGCAAGACAGGGAAGGCGCUUUUGUACGUGCACGACAAGAUGCUGGCAGACGCACCGGCGGGCUUGGCAGCGGAAAAGGCAUUGAGUAUGAAGGACGAGACUCUGGUGCUCGAGGCAGACCCCAAUGCCGAGCAGGUUGGCAAGAAGGCCGCGGACAUGAUUCAGCCCGCCUACUACCUGAGCAUCUCUGGGGAUGUGUUUGCCGACCCUGCCUUCAGCCUGAGCAACGGACAGGUUGUGACAGUGACGCUGCGGGCAAGGUCAUCGUGAAGCAGAUUCCGGAUCAAACCACCUGAGCCACCAUGAAACAGAAGUUUGGUAAGGGACAGUCCCAACCGAAAAUGGGUGCCGCCCUUUUAGUUCUCGGAUUGGCUUCGAUUGUGACUCACUUCGACUGGGACCCUCAGAAUACCCUUUGGGAAGAGACAUGAGGGUCCACGCAGGCUCUUUAGGACUUUAGGAGCAGCGUGCUAGGUAGGAGUCUCGGUUGCGAAUGCUGGAUAGGGC